AUGACGACAGCAACAACGGCCACAGCGGCUCCCGAAAGCCGUGCUCCCGCAGCAAACCACCAAAACGACACCCUCCCCGUCCCCAACUCCACCCUGUCCUACUGGCGCGAGAAGCCCCACCGCCUCGACACCCACCGCACCACCCCAGACCUGCCCGCCUCCUGCGACGUCGCCAUCAUCGGCUCCGGCAUGGCCGGCGUCUCCGUCGCCUACCACCUCGCCAGUACAAGCAGCACCCCGCACCCGCCCUCGACCCUCCUCCUCGAAGCCCGCCAGCUCUGCUCCGGCGCCACCGGCCGCAACGGCGGCCACGUCAAGGCCAAGACGGCGACGCUGCUGUCCCUCCUCUCCCACGACGACGACGACGACGACGACGACGAGAACAACAACAGCAGCAGCAACAACAACAACGACAGCAACGACAGCAACGACAACGACGACAACGGCCUCGCCACCGCCAACGCCCUCUCCGCCUUCGUCCAAGCCCAGAUCGCCGCCCUCGCCGCCGUCACCACCGCCGCCGAGCCCGGGCUCGCCGCCGAAUGCGACUUCCAGCUGCGGCGCAGCUGGGACGUCUUCGUGCGCGACGACGAGGCCACGGCGCGGGUCGCGCGCGCGUGGCGGCGCUGCGUGGCGCGCGGCGACGAGUGGACCGCCGGCCGGGAGAUGAUCGACGGCGGCGACGUCGAAGCCGUGACGGGCGUGCGCGGCGCGCGGCUCGCGGUGAGCAGCCCCGCGUGCUCGCUGUGGCCGUAUCGGUUCGUGGGGGGGCUGUUGGAGCGGGCGAUGGCGAGGAAUGGCCGGUUGAACGUGCAGACGGGGACGGGGGUGGUGAGGGUGGAGAGGGACGGGGAGGGCGCGGGGGAGGGCGCGUGGCUGGUGUGCACGGAUAGAGGCGUGGUGAGGGCCCGGAAGGUGGUUUUUGCGACGAAUGCGUACACGGCGGGGUUGGUGCCGGCGUAUCGCGGGGUCAUCACGCCGUAUAAGGGCAUGUGUGCGCAUUUGGCGGCGGCGGAUGGGACGCGGCAGCCGAGGCUGAGCCAUACGUAUAAUAUUGAGUAUGGUGGGCGGGAGGGGCUGGAGACUGUCGACUAUUUGAAUCCCAGACCGGAUGGGGGGAUCGUGGUCGGGGGUGCGAAGUGGUUGUAUCAAGAGCAAAAGAGCUUGUGGUUGAAUACCGUGGACGAUUCGACCUUGAUUGAGCCGGUCAUGAAGGCGAAGUACUUCGACGGGUAUAUGCAGAGGAAUUUCACGGGGUGGGAUGACAGUGGAUCGGAGACGGAGAGGGUUUGGAGCGGGAUCAUGGGAAGCACUCCUGAUGGAGUUCCGCACGUCGGAAAAGUUCCCGGCGAGCAAAACCAAUGGAUCCUUGCAGGCUUCAAUGGCGGCGGCAACGCGUUGAUAUUCCUUACAGCCAAGGCUGUCGCGAAGAUGGUAUUGGAGGAUGUGCCAUUUGAAGAGACAGGGGUGGCUGUUCCUGCGUUUUUCAAGACAACUGCAGAGAGACUGGCAAAACAUUCAUGA